GAUUUGGAUUCGAUCGAUUUUCCGUCUGCUGGUGUCCGCUGCUACUGCUGCUGAUGGUGCUUCGAAAGCUCUAUUCCGUCAUUAAGUAAAGUGAACGCUGCACAAGUGGAAGUGAAAAUUUUCUUCACCAAGUCCGGAUUAGUAAUUUGUUUGCGAAAAGCUCUAAGCUACACUCUUCCAACCAACAAUGGCCCGUACUAAGCAGACCGCCCGUAAAUCCACCGGAGGUAAGGCUCCCCGUAAGCAGCUGGCCACCAAGGCCGCCCGUAAGAGCGCCCCAUCGACCGGAGGCGUCAAGAAGCCCCAUCGUUACCGCCCGGGUACGGUCGCCCUGCGAGAAAUUCGUCGGUACCAGAAGUCCACCGAACUGCUGAUCCGCAAGCUGCCCUUCCAGCGGUUGGUGCGUGAAAUUGCCCAGGAUUUCAAGACCGAUCUCCGUUUCCAGUCGGCGGCCAUCGGUGCACUGCAGGAAGCCAGUGAAGCCUACCUGGUAGGUCUCUUUGAAGACACCAACUUGUGCGCCAUCCAUGCUAAGCGUGUCACAAUUAUGCCUAAGGACAUCCAGCUGGCUCGCCGUAUCCGAGGCGAACGUGCUUAAGCAGCAGGCAUCUUUUGCUACUAAUACUACUAUAAUAACUGUAAUGAUCAACAUCUCCCCCUCUCCUUCGAUAUAUGGUAUAAAAUAAACCUGUAUUUAAUGUCCAGAAACACGAAAAUCACAUCAAAUGCAUUAUUGAAACCAACCAACAGAAAAAAAACAACACUUUCACAUGAACUUCAAACAAAGAAUCCGGAUGGUGGAAAUAACGAUGUCUACAAAGAGUACAUUUUUUAAAUAGUAGUUCGCGUUUUUGUUUUAUUUUUGUUCAACUUUUACCACGUAAAAUGAGAAAUUUAACGAAAUGAAACUGAUUUGUAGAUUUAGUUUACGCAUAAAUGUGAAAGUAUAAAAAAAAUAUUACAAAAGUAGAGUUUUAAGGUAGAUUGUAAGGAAACUGUGUGAAGGAACAAAACGCAAUCAAUGUUUUUUGGACUCUUCCGAUCAUUCGAAUUCAGCUCGUAUGAAUCCUUAACAACCAUUCAGAAGCACACUCAAAACGGAAUAAGUUUAGAAAGUAGCUCAAAACAGAAAUGACUCAUUUCGUCCGACCUACGUUUCAAUGUACUAAAACCAAUUUCCGAGAAAAAGAAAGACAAUGCAAUUGAUUUCUAUUUAUGAUGAAAAAAAAUAAAGAAACGAUGGGUACACUAAACUCAUGAAAUUUAUAGGUUUUGUUUCUCCCAUACGUAUAUAAUCAAAAUAUAGUUUUAUUUAACCAAAAUUUACGCAACAUUUGCAAUUAACACAAACACUUUUAUUCUAUACGGAGGAAAUUUGCAAUUUGUCUUGAAUGGAAGGUACUACAGAAGUUCAAUAAAUGGAACACGUCUAAAUUAA